AUGUCAACAAGAGCUGGCUUCGUUCGGCUCACGGUUCUGGUAACGGCGGCCCUCUUCGCGAUCCUCCUCCUCCUGGGCGCACUGCAGCGCUCGGAUGAGCUGAAUCCCACUACCCUGGGGCGGAAUGGAGGAGAGGGGGCGAUGGUGAAGGUGACGCCACCGCCGGUUCACCACCUGGACGAGCCCAUCAGAGAGGAGCUGGUGCGCCAGCUGGAGCAGGAGCUGCCUGAGGUGGACUACGGCUUCUGGUACCAUUGGGCAAAGCCCAUGAGCUACAGGAAGAACACCACAUGUGCACCCUAUCCCGAUCCCCUGGACCUGCAGCUACACAACAUCUAUUGGCAGACCUUUGUCAACGCUAACGUGACCUUUCGCCUGUACGCCGCGUACCUUGACAGGCGGAAGGCGGUCAAGCUGCCCACGGUGAGGAUUUUGGUGACUGCCAAUCAAAUCGGAGACGAGUUUCCGCCCACCCACUGCCAGCUGUGGUUCGAGGGCGAUCGGGAGCCGGUGUUCGUGCCCGUCUCGGAGUUCCUGAGUGUGUGGGUCAAGGCGUGGGGCAGCAAGCGGUAUCUCAACUAUCCCCACCUGCUGAGUUGCCAGAUUCCAAGGGAAUUGCCGCCGGCAGCGCUACGGUCACUGCCCAAAACGGUGUCACUCGUUGCGCGGCGCUGCGAUAAGGCCAGCAACUCCCUGAGGGUCAACGUCAAUCAGGAGCAGCCAGUAGUGACCUCACCCUCCCAAAAUGCCACCACAAAGAGCCUUAAUGUCUCCAAAGCACACUUGAACUUUGGCGUUUGCCUCAAGGGCUUCGACUUUCCGUAUGUGGAUCUGUCGGAGCGCCUGAUCGAGUGGUUCGAGCUGCAGCGCAUUCUGGGCGCCUCGCGGAUCUAUGCCUAUAUGUACGAUGUGCAUCCGGCGGUUCAGAGGGUUCUGGACUACUACCAGCGAACGGGCUACCUGGAGCUGCGACCCCUGACCCUGGCCAACGGAAUGCCCCGGCUGAGGCACUACCAGCACAUGCUGCUGCAGCAGAGGAAGCAGGAGAAGCGACUGAACGAGCUGAUUCCCUACAACGAUUGCUUCUACAGAAAUCUAUACCGGCACGACUAUCUGGUGAACGUCGAUGUGGAUGAGGUGAUCAUGCCGCUGGGCGAGAACCGAAACUGGCAUCAGCUGGUGCAAAAGGCCCACGCCCAGGAGGUUGAGAAGGGGGGCACGUGUGCGGGCCGCUUUCCCGCGCUGUGCUUUAUCAACUCGUACUUCACCAAGGUGCUCUCCGAGCUGAGCAACCACGAGGAGCAGGCCAUCGCCGGCGAGCUGUUCGUCCUGCAGCACACGCAGAGGUUGAGGAACUACUCCUUGCCGGGCAAGGCCACCAAGUGCUUCCACAAUGCCCGCCUGUCGCUGACGCUGCACAACCACUUCACCCUCAAGUGGCUGCCCGGCGGCUGCAACCCUCGCACCCUAGACACCACGGUGGCUCAGAUGCAGCACUACCGGGAGCCAGACACCAAGUACAACCUGACCGAUCUGGUGGAAGACCGCAGUGUCUGGCGAUUCGCAAGCGAACUGCGCGCCGCUGUGGAAUAUGUGUGGCUUCAUCUGGACGAUGUGCUGUCCCAAAGCAGCGAUCCCGAGGAGCAGCUGGAGGAGGCGCUGGAUCAGGAGGGCGAGGACCUGGAGCAACAGCCCCUCCAGCAAUUCCCGAUGGCUCCUCCGCAACCCGUAUCCUGAACUGGGAAUAAGUUAGUUAAGGUUGGUUGUAGCUCCUUCGCUCGGUUCUUUGCGUCUCUGCGGUCGUUUCAGGGUCAAUUUAAUAAGAUUGUUUAUUGUAUUAUUUUCGGCAUUGCUUACUAUCUAUUCGGCAGAAUUUAAUUAUUUUUCUGAUGGUAACUAACUAUCCAUUAACCGACUCUGAAA